ACACAAACUUAAAAUAAAAAAAAGAGAGAGAUGAUGGCUAGAAGUCAUUUUUAUUGCUUUGUUGCUAUCAUCACUACCAUCUAUUUCUCCCUCCUAAUCCACAUUCUUGCUUCUCCUACGAUCCACAUUUGCCGCAAUGACCAGAGAGAUGCUCUUUUGGAGUUCAGGGACGAGUUUCCCAUUGAUGAGUAUAACCCAAGUUCUUGGAACAAGAGCAGUGAUUGCUGUUUUUGGAAUGGUGUCACAUGCGAUAAUAAAUCUGGCCAGGUGACAUCACUUGACCUUCAUAACACCUUUCUCAGCAGCUCCUUGAAAACUAACAGUAGCCUUUUUAGACUCCAAUAUCUUCGUCACUUAAACCUUAAUGGUUGCAAUCUCACAGGAGAGAUUCCUUCUUCACUAGGAAACUUUUCUCGUCUAAUACUUGUUGAUCUUCGUUCUAAUAACUUGGUAGGUGAAAUUCCUGCUCCAAUAGGCAAUCUAAAGCGGCUAAGAUACCUUAACCUUGAAGGUAACACUCUUAUAGGAAAAAUUCCAACUUCAGUUGGUAAUCUAAACCAGCUAAGAUAUCUAAGCCUUGCGGCUAACGAGCUCACAGGAGAUAUUCCUUCUUCACUAGGAAACCUUUCUUGUCUCUUAGAUCUUAGACUUUCAAUUAAUAAGCUUGUAGGUGUUGUUCCAGCUUCAAUAGGAAAUCUAAAGCGGCUAAGAUACCUUAGCCUUGGGGAUAACACUCUUACAGGAGAGGUUCCAGCUUCAAUCGGCAAUCUAAGCCAACUAAGAUACCUUACCCUUGCGGCUAAUGAGCUCACAGGAGAAAUUCCAUCCUCACUAGGAAACCUUUCUCGCCUCUUAGAUCUUAAACUUUUGAUUAAUAAGCUUGUAGGUGCUGUUCCAGCUUCCAUAGGAAAGCUUAAAGAACUAAGAGUCAUGUCCCUUGGAAACAACAACUUAAGUGGUAGUAUUUCUAAGUUGUUGACCAACUUGACCAAGCUUUCUCAUUUGAGCCUCUCUUAUAAUAACUUCACAUCCACGCUUCCAUCAGACAUGAGUGGAUUCCACAGCUUGGAGCAUUUUGAUGUUACUGGAAACUCAUUUAUCGGGUCUUUCCCUAAAUCCUUGUUCACCAAUCCCUCGUUACAAGUUGUUUAUUUGGAAGAAAACCAGUUCAUAGGACCUAUAGAGUUUCCCACCAUUAAUACCUCUUCAUCAUCAUCUCCUAAGCUAGAAAUUCUAUACCUUGCUCGUAACAAAUUCGAUGGCCUAAUCCCUGAAUCCAUAUCUAAGUUUCUCAACCUCGGAGAGUUACAUCUUAGCCAAAACAACUUCACUGGAGCAAUCCCUAGAUCAAUGUCAAAGUUAGUCAACCUUCGUUAUCUUGAUCUUUCCAAGAACAAGAUGGAAGGUCAAGUACCAGGUUUCUUAUGGAGAUUGACAACGAUGACGCUUUCUCACAACUUUUUCACCAGUUUUGAAGACUCCUCCUCACAAGAAACACUCAUUGAAGCGUUGGAUCUGAAUUCAAACUCAUUUCGAGGACCAUUUCCACGUUGGAUCUGCAAGAUUAAAGGGUUAAGCUUCUUAGAUUUGUCAAACAACCUCUUCAACGGCUCGAUUCCUCCAUGUUUAAAAGACUCCAUUGUUUCUUUCACAGACCUGACCCUGCGUAACAACAGUUUCACUGGAACUCUUCCUGAUAUAUUUGCCAACGCUACCGAGUUAAGAUCAUUCGACGUUAGCCGUAACAAGCUUGAAGGAAACUUUCCAAAGUCUUUGAUAAACUGUAAAGCUCUGCAACUUGUGAACGUGGAAAGCAACAGAUUCAAGGACAAGUUUCCAUCAUGGCUUGGAUCUCUGCCUUCAUUACAUGUUCUCAGCCUCAGAUCAAACGAGUUCUCCGGUCCAUUAUAUCAGCGCCACGUGUCCAUUGGUUUCCAGAGUUUGAGAGUCAUCGAUAUCUCACAUAAUGACUUCACUGGAACUCUCCCACCUUACUUUUUCUCCAACUGGUGUCAAAUGACCACGUUGACUGAUGAAGACGACCGUUACAUGGCAGAUAUCAUCAACUAUUCUAUCUUUUAUCGUAACUCGAUGGGAAUGGUGAAUAAAGGAGUAGAGACGAGCUUUGAGAGGAUCAGACAAGACUUCAGUGCCAUUGAUUUCUCUGGAAACAAGUUUUAUGGCAAAAUCCCUGAAUCUUUGUGCUUCUUGAAGGAACUGCGUCUUCUCAACUUGUCAGGCAAUGCCUUCACUAGCGAUAUCCCGAGGUUCUUGGCAAAUUUGACAAAGCUCGAGACGUUAGACCACUCGCUUAAUGAGCUUUCAGGUCAAAUCCCUCAAGAUCUCGGUGAACUCUCUUUUCUGUCGUACAUGAACUUCUCCCAUAAUCUUCUUCAGGGACCAGUGCCACGAGGCACACAGUUUCAAAGACAGAAAUGUUCUUCAUUCUUGGACAAUCCUAGACUCUACGGUCUCGAAGAAAUCUGUGGAGAAACCCAUGUCCCCAAUACUAUGUCACUGCAACCCGAGGAAUUGUCAGAGUCGGAGGAACAACUGUUCAACUGGGUAGCAACUGCAAUAGCUUAUGGACCUGGUGUGUUUUGUGGACUGGUGAUCGGACAUAUCUUCACUUCACACUAUCAUGAGUGGUUUACAUGAAAUUUGGUCGGAAAAAAAAACUAUGAGUCGCCAUAAGUGAUCAUUAAUUUCAUAUAUAGCAGUAGCUCUAAGAAUUUCUUGUCCAACGUCUUCUUGUUCGUGUUUGUACUGAGUCUUCUUUUUGUGUUUGAUUGUAGUUUUCUUCUAAUGGAAUUUGUAAUAAAUAAAUAAAUGUCUUUAGUGUAUUUACUU